CUGUUCCCUUUUUUCUCCUUAAAAGGUUUAUACAAUUUGCUUAAAAAGAAGAGAUUACUAGUUAGAACUUAGAACUUUGCAACCAAUCAAUUUUCAAGGUUUUUAUAAUAUUUAUCAAACACCUUUUAUCUUCAAAAAGCUCUACAUCUUCUCUCUAAAGCCAUCAUCUUAGUUUUGGCGUCUGCCUGGUUGUUGGUCGACGGUCAAAGUCUAUUUUGUGCUUCCCCUAAAGAUCGAUCUUAAGACUUCAUCAUCAUGAUGAGAGUGUUUCUAGGUCUCUUGCUUCUCUUGGCCUUGACCACAUCUUCAAGUGCAAUUUACUGUCUCUGCAAAGAUGGAAUAGGAGAGAAAGAGCUCCAAACAGCAAUAGACUAUGCAUGUGGAAGCUUAGCAGAUUGCAACCCAAUCCAUGAUAACGGUCCUUGUUACCAACCAAACACCAUCAAAAGCCACUGUGAUUGGGCUGUUAACAGCUACUUUCAGAAAGCAGCUCAGGUCUCUGGAAGCUGUGAUUUCUCCGGAACUGCCGCUACAAGUCAAAACCCACCUUCCAAUUUGGUUACUGGUUGCAUAUAUCCUUCAAAUGCAUCCACAACAUCAUCAACGGGAACAACUCUGACAAACGGAACUACUCUUGCGUUUGGUCCAACCGGAACCGGAGGCUUUCCAGGAAAUGGUGCUUCCAGUUUGAUCAUUUCCCCUGUUCUAACACUCUGUUUCUCAUCAUCACUAGUGUUUCUAUGGGGUUCUGAUGUAAGGCUGGGAUUUAGCCACGUGUAGAGAGACAAGGAAAUCCACUUAUAUGGGUUCGUUUUUGAUUCUCUUUUGGGUGGAGAAAGAAGCUUAGUUGUUUGCUGUGGUUUUUUUCUCUGUUCUUCCAUAAAAUAUGUGAAGGUUGGUUUAAUUUUUUGGAAUAUUUUAGUUUUUUUUAUCGGGACUCGUCUUUAUCACAUUUCCUUUGUUUUACAUUUACAAUAAGACUCUUAUUGGAGCCUUGAGUUAAGAAAAACCUUACAAAUUUUAGUAAAGAAUAGUCAACAGCAACAUUGCCAACUCGUGGGUUGUGUAAAAAUAUCAUUUUAAUACUAGUAUGCAAAAUGAUUUUUUUGAUCAAUCAUAAACUAAAGAAAUGGAGAGAGAUG